AACAGUGCCAUUAUCAAUAACUCGUCAAAUACAUACUCGAAUGUUGUAUAUUUCAAUUUAAAUACAAAAUUCUGACUAGAGUAGACAAUAAGUUAAUUUAGGUAAGCGUGAUUUUUAUCAAAGAGUAAAGCAAUACAUUUCUUAGUAAUGUCGACCUCCGAAGCGACGAAUGUCCAAGUUGUAACAACAACUACAACAUCUCCUUCUGAGGCUCCAUCCGAAUCCAGUGUUUCUGAAUCGCAGAAGGCAGCAACAUCUGAAAAUAAUGUAAAAAGAUUAAAAAAAGAUUCCAAACAUAAUGCACCUAUGCGUCAGUAUUUAGAUCAAACAGUGGUACCAGCAUUGUUAGUAGGGAUGAAAGAGUUAGUUAAAGAAAGACCUCCAGAUCCUUUAGGUUUCUUAGCUGCAUUUUUAUUGAAAUAUAAGAAAGAACAUGUUGACAAAGAACCAAUUUCAGAAACAUAAAAGCUUUCAUGUUAAAAAAUAAUAUUUUAUUAAUUAUAUUAAUCACAUUUU